UAGCACUCACUCAACAGACAGCAAGCAACCAAGCACAAAGUCACAACUCACAAAUCUGCCAUCGGGUUCUCAACUUCUCAUUUUUCAAUCUGAAUCUCAGAUUUUCAUUCGGGAAAAUCCACCAUUUUUGCUAUCCAUUUCUCUUCCAGCACACUAAUUGACUAAUACCCAAAGGCCAGAAAAGAAGUGUUGAUUCACAUUCAGUUGCUAAAUAGAGAGUUUGUCAUAAGGAAAUGGGUUUCUUGAUAAAGGGGAUGACAAUAUGGUUGUCCGAAUAUGGUCCAAGAACAUGUGAUAAGAGAAAGAUGAUAAUUUAAUGGAGGACUACACGACUAAGGCUCCGUUGCCCAAGGAUUCAGAUGACAAAGAUUAUUUGAGAGCUGCUGAACCUUCUUAAAGAGAAGCCAAUGAGCAUCACGAGGAUGAGUGAGCAACAAGUUACGGCUCGGAUCGAGCAAAAAGGAGAUAGAAGAGACAUUUUUUGAAGAGUUUGUGAGAUUUAUCUUAACGCUCGAAUGAAGAAGAGGAUUGAAUAUCUUCGCCUAUGAGGGCAAGCCGUAUAAAUAUCCACUUUAUGUAAAGAGAUUUGCUUUCUAGUAAAGUUUUUUAAAUGGAAUUGAAUCAGAAUCAACAUCUCUUUAUGCAUUCAUUUCGUGCAUUCGCAUUACAUGAUAUCAUAGCAUUAAAAUUCAUCAAAAGAUUCUAAUUAAUUUAAAUCACUCCUCAGUUAAUCUAGAAACCAAUCAACCUACCAAACGCCGCUACGGUACUCGUUUGGAAACUAAGGACAUGGAUCAAAGGCUAGAACAGUUCCAGAAGGAAAUGCAAGAUCAGCUUCAACAACAAAUGAAUAAGCAGCUUGAGAAAAUUCAACAAAAAAUGAUGGAUAAAAUAAUGGAAUAUCAGGGGAGUAUGAUGGAUAAGUUGACUCAGCUGUUGACGGGAGGAGUGGAUAAAGGAAAGGGCUUUGUGCUCAAUAUUGAAGAAGGAGACAGUAAGGGACUUGUUUAUCCCUCAGGCUCUACCCCUCAGCAUGUUGAGGUAUAUCCACGCAGAUCUUCUAUCACCAUUAAGUCUCAGCAAUUACAGGCCAAUGCUUCAAUACCAACGAAAUUUCAAGUUGGAUCGGGCUCUAACUUGGGAGAUAACCUUAUUAAUCCUACUGUCCCUGACUUUGAUGAAAUGGCUGGAAGAGAGAAAAUGAAGGAUGAAUCGUCAAAACAGCUAGAAGCAAAGUACAAAUGGUUGGAAGAAAAAUCUAGAGCGAUGGAAAAUACUGAAAGCUAUUAUGGGGUUGAUGCUAAAGAAUUGAACUUGGUUCCUGAUUUAGUGCUCCCUUACAAGUUCAAAAUGCCUGAGUUUGAGAAGUACAAUGGAACUAGUAGCCCCAAAGCUCAUAUAACUAUGUUUUGUAGACGGAUGUCUGGGUAUGUUAAUAAUGACCAGCUGCUGAUACAUUGUUUCCAGGAUAGCCUCGUAGGGGCAGCAUCUAAAUGGUACAAUCAAUUGAGCCGUACCAUGAUUGGUUCAUGGAGGGAUUUAGCGCAGGCAUUCAUAAAACAAUACAGUCAUGUGACAAAUAUGGUUCCUGAUAGAAUCACCUUGCAGAAUUUAGAAAAAAAUCAAAUGAAAGCUUUAGGCAGUACGCACAAAGGUGGAGGGAGGUCGCCGUCCAAGUUCAGCCACCGCUCCUGGAAAAGGAAAUGACAAUGCUAUUCAUAAAUACAUUGAAAGCUCCAUUCAUCACACAUAUGUUAGGGAGUGCCACAAAAAGCUUUUCUGACAUAAUCAUGAAUGGUGAAAUGAUUGAAAGCGUCAUAAGGAGCGGAAAGAUUGAUGCUGGAGGAAAUAACAGAAGGCAAACCUCAAAAGAAAAAGAAAAUGAGGUGAACAGCGUGAACACGUACAGUAAAUCGAUUGCUAAUCAGCAGGGUUCAUAUGUGAAGCAAGGUGCUGAAAAACUCCAGUUCACGCCAAUUCCAAUGUCAUACAAGGAGCUAUAUCAAAGCUUAUUCGAUGCGCAUGUUGUUUCUCCUUUACAUGUGAAGCCUCCACAGCCUCCGUAUCCCAAAUGGUACGACGCAAGUGCACAAUGCGAUUAUCAUGCGGGAAUUACGGGACACUCUAUAGAGAAUUGCAUUACCUUCAAAAAGCUGUUGAAAAAUUCAUCAACAUGGGUAUUGUCAAGAUGGAUGGCUCAUCUAGUACCCAGUCAUGAUUGAAUGCAAUAUAUGAAGGGGUGUCGAGAAGUGUUCACGAUGAAACAACUGAAGAAGGGACCUUAUCAGAUUUUUGCCCUUAUAGACUUGCGAGUGUUCUAAAUAAUUAGACUGCAGAAGAAACCCCUGUAGUAUUUAGAGAUUACUCAGAGUAAUGUUCAAAACACACUUGUUGCAUUCAGCCUAGAGGCAAUAAGAAUUCCUUUAUGAAAUAGGCUCAUGUCUGAACGUAAUAAAAUAAAUCUUUGCAUUCAUUUUUUAAUCCAAUAUUCUUUCAUUCUUUUCAAAUAAUUAUACUUUCAUUCUUUCGAAUCUUCUCCCAUAUUAUUCUUUUAUUUCAUUCAUAAUUGUACAAAUGAUUAUUCAUACAUUCUUUUGUAUAUUCUUUGGUACCUACUAUGGGUCCCCAGAUAUCAAUGACAUGAGCGAUGCUGUUCCGAACUCAGAAGUUCCUUUUGAGUGGGAUCUGUGUUUAGAGGAAUCUCAUGACUUUAAAGAUGACAUAGAUUGUAGCCUAUUUUCAGACUUGUUGAGGAUGGUAGAACAGGAAUAAAAUCUUACCUCAUGAGGAGACAAUGGAGAUUGUGACCUUAAGGGAACGUGCAUAAUCGAAAAAAUGAAGCAAAACCUUAUUGAGUUACUUCAAAGAGUUCAAAGAUGUCUUUGUAUGGUCAUAUCAGGAUAUGCUUGGGUAAGCACUGACAUUGUAAUCUGAACAAUAAUACGAUAUCAAAAAUUUAUAGUAUGUUCAAGAUUAACAUCAUGAACGAUGCAUUUAGGAUUCUUUGCCGGGACAAUGCCUUCUUCUUUGGCUCAUCAUGGUUUAGCCCAUCGAAGUUAGUUAAAUUUCGCCCCAAAAGGCUCUAUGAAAGAAAUUUGAUUCUGAUCGAAAGGGAUAACGAGGACUUGCCUAAUCCUAUGAGUUCAGAUUCAAAAAAAAAGUCAAAAUCAAAAUAUAAAAAAAAAGAGAAAAAAAAGAAGAAAAAGUGAUAAAAAGAAAAAGAAAAGGAAAAUGGAGAGUCCAAAGUGAAAACCCGCAAAAGGCACCUUGAGACCAAAGGGGAUUUGAGUUGAAAACCCAGAAAGGGCGACUCAAAUAUUGAUCGGAAUGGGGCACGAGGUGAUUAGAGCAACUCAAAUUUUAACCUGAUUGGGGCAUGUGGUGAUCUUGCUAUACCUGAAUUAUUAGGAAAGAGUAGGCAACACCUUGAGGCAUCGACAGAGUACUGUAGAUCUCUCAAACACAUGUCAAACUCAGAAGGGUCUUCAGAAAGUUUGUACAGAGAAGUUCAAGCUGCGAUAUCUGGGGCACCUCAUCUCCAUACUAUUUAUUUUGAAUUUUUUGUUCUUGGAAUACUUCAUUCUUUUCCAAGAUACGCAUUCCCAAUCUAUUUCUUUAUCCUUCUUUACUAUUUUUGAUAAUUUAUUCCUUUCGAGCUAUGCUCAGAACUAACUUUAUUCUUAUCCAUUGUUAUGACAUUUUUCGCAAGCAUGUUGCAUUGGAAUAAUGAUUAAUGGACUAACAAAACUUCCACAAGGGAAGUUUUGCAUAUUGCUCUAUAAGUUUCUAAAUAAUACAGAAGCUUGAAACAUGACUAUUAUUUAGAACGCACUAGGUUUAAAGGUUGGAAAUCUAAAAAGGAAGAGUCUAAACUAGGACUUUCUCUUUGGAUUUUGUUGUCAAAAACAUUGGUUGAACCAAAUGAUAAGAUGUCAGUUUGGUGACAAAGCUAAAAUAAACAAGUGAGCAAUGAUCACCAGACAAUUGAAAGAGGCUACCUCGGGGAAGAGAGCUUUCAUUUGCGCAUGAGCCUUUGGUACGACACCCUGGGAAUGGUGUAAGAGACCAGAAAGAUUUAGAUCCUGUAUCCUUGAAUUGUGAUAGGAGUGGAUUGAGGAAAAGCCAUACAGUUCUACCCUCGGGCUGCAGAGGGAGAAUGAUGGUACAAAUUUUAUGUCCUAAUGGAUUAAGCUUUGAAGUUCAAAAUAGGGGGCAAUUUGAUUAAGCGUUUAGCCAAGCAAAAAACGUUAGCGACAAAAGCUUAAUAAAUUUUGAGAAAUGAUAACUUGAGUGAUAAUUCUCGAAAAAUGACAUUCUGCAUUCAUUCAAAUGUCAUUCAUGCAUGUCUAGUUAGGAGCAUUGAAAUCAUUUUGAUCAUAACAUCCUAAUCACUAGGCAUAAUUAAGUUCAUAGAAUGGA